AUGCACGGGAACCAGCUGUGGACAGAGGAGAAAAUUAUCAUGCAGAUAAAGUGGGAUAUUAGAGCUAGAGCUGUGGCUAAAGGGAAAUAUUGUAGAACUAAUGAAAAUUUGAUGCUGUGUAAUAGUUGGGGCAUUCCUGAUAGAAUACUUAUUUUUCAAUCAAGAACACCGAGUCUUUCAUCAACCUCAAUAACUCCUUGUUUAGUUUUCAACAUUCUUCCACUCCACCAUGCCUUUGAUCGUUUCCGCUUCUUCUCUCUCCCCUCAAAACUUCCUCUUCUUCUUUUUCACACCCAUCACCUGAAAACUUAUUACCAUCAUCUCACGAUCCCAUCUUCUUCUUCUUCUUCUUCAUGGCUGUUGGAUUCAUGCAAGGACCUUCAAACUCUGAAACAAACCCAUGCUUUUCUCAUAGUCUCAGAAGGGUUGGGAUCCGUCACCGUUGUUUCAAAGCUUAUGAGUUUGUAUGCCCAGUUUAACGAUCUUCAGAGCGUCGUUCGUGUUGUUAACACCUUAGAGGUACCUCAUACUAUGGCAUGGAAUGUAACAAUCAAAUCCCACGUUGGUUGGGGAUUUUUUGAUUCCGCUUUUUUGUUGUAUAAAACGAUGAGAGGAUUGGGUGUUGCUCAUGAUAGUUUUACGUUUCCGAUAGUAAACCAAGCUGUUUCAGCGCUUCAGAGUGAUGCAAUAUAUGGAGAGAUGGUGCAUUGUGUCUCUAUAAAAAUGGGUUUUGGAUUUGAUGUAUAUUUUUGCAAUACGAUGAUUGAGGUUUAUGUGAAAUGCGGGUAUAUAGGUGAUGCCCUUAAAUUGUUUGAUCAGAUGUCGCAUAGAGAUUUGGUUUCUUGGACGUCGGUGAUUUCAGUUUAUGUUGGUGAAGGAAACAUUAGUGGGGCUUUUGAUUUGCUCAAGGAAAUGAGGUUAGAGUAUGAACCCAAUGCAGUGACUAUGAUGGUAAUAUUUCAGGGGUGUUGUGCCAGUGAAAGUUUGAUUGUGGGGAGGCAACUUCAUGGUUAUACAAUCAAGAACGGAUUAUUAAUAGAUGGGUCUGUACAAAAUUCAGUUUUGAGAAUGUAUACCAAGACGGGAAGAGUUGAGGAAGUUGAAAGUUUUUUCAGUGAGAUUGACAGAAGGGAUAAUGUUUCCUGGAAUAUUUUGAUUCCCUUUUAUUCCUUGAAAGGAGAUAUCGCAAACUUAGUGAAUAGGUUGAAUAAAAUGCAGGGUAUAUCGGCACUCAGCAUUGAGAGUUUAACAUUACUAAUAUCGGCAUUUGCAAAGUCUAGUGAUCUUUUUCAAGGUGAACAGAUACAUUGUUUAGCUAUAAAAACUGGUUUUCACGACAAUGUUUUGCUGACUAAUUUGCUGGAUUUUUAUGCUAAGUGUGGGGAAAUAGAGAUAUCAGCUGAGUUGUUUAAAGAAAUUUGCCAAAAAAACAGUGUUGCAUGUGGUGCUAUGAUGUCAGGUUUCAUUCAAAAUGGAUAUAUCAAGGAUGCCAUAAGUUUGUUCCAUCAAAUGCAAGCUGCAAAUGUUGAACUUGGGGCCGAAAUUUUAAGAAGCGUUCUUGAUGCAUAUACCCAUCUGGGAGCUCUGCAAUUGGGUAAGGCAAUCCAUGGCUAUUUUAUAAGAAACUUGUUUUACAGAUCUAAUGAAGAAACUACACACCUGGAAACCUCUAUUUUAAACAUGUACAUAAGAUGUGGAGGCAUUUCUUCUGCUAGAGUGUGUUUUAAUAAUAUAUUGGUCAAAGAUUUAGUAACAUGGACAACAAUGAUUGAAGGCUUCGGAACUCAUGGGCUUGGUUUUGAAGCCCUAGAACUUUUUGGUCUAAUGCUGGAGGAAAGAAUAAGACCUAAUAGUGUCACCUUCUUGAGCUUACUAUCUGCUUGUAGCCACUCCGGUCUUGUUAGAGUAGGCUGUGAAGUUUAUUUUGUCAUGAAAUGGAAAUUUGGUAUUGAACCUGAGUUGGAUCAUUGCACUUGCAUGGUGGAUCUUUUGGGUCGACAUGGAAAGCUUAAAGAGGCCUUAGCCAUAAUACUGAAAAUGGUGAUUUUUCCUGACAGCAGGAUUUGGGGUGCUCUUCUUGCAGCUUCCAAAAUUCACGGAGACACAAAACUUGGGAAAUAUACAGCAGCAAGGCUUUUGGAUCUGGAGCCUGAUAAUGUUGGGUAUCACACUCUCCUAAGUAAUGUGCAAGCUAGUGUUGGACAGUGGGAUGAAGUUGAAGAAGUCAGGAGAGUUAUGAAUAAGGAGGAUCUGAAGAAGAAACCUGGGUGGAGUUGCAUUGAGGCAAAAGGGAUGAUUCAUGGAUUUGUUUCUGCUGAUAGAUCACACCAUCACGUGGAGGAAAUUUACGAUGUAUUGCAGUGCCUAAGUAGGAUGAUUCAGGAAUUUUGAUAGUUUUCUUUGGUUGAUUUGAUUCAUUUAAGGAAUUUUGAUAUUAUCCUGGACAUCAUAUUAAUCUGAUGUUGGUUUUGUUAGAAAGUUUAAUAAAUUUUUUGUUACUGUUUUGAA